AUGAAUCUUUUUGGCGGCAAGACGGGAAUCAAGCGCCGUCCUGCCAACGUCCGCGUGGUUUCCGCCCCUGUGGUCACCAAGGCUCCCGCGCCCUUGCCUAGGAACCUCGUAUCGUCGCGUGAGCAAGAACGCCAUAGUACGACUGCGAGAUCGAGCCCGUCUGGUAGAUCGAGAACUGCGACGCCGAAUUUGGAGGGGAACGAUAGGAGGUUGAAGCCGCCGAAUAAGAGGAGCGCUACGUCGCGUAAGACGUCCCCGAAUAUACAAGCGCAGCCCAAGUUCGAUGAGGAUGAUAAUUCGAGUAGCAACGACGAUGAUACUGCGAGUAAGAGACGGAGGGUGGAGGCGAUCCCGGGGAAUGUCGAUCUGAAGAGAAAGCUGAGAAGUCGGAGAGCCUUUUCGACUGAUGAAGAUCGUGGGAAGUUUGCUAUGAUACAUGCCGCGGAUACUACGGCUGUUCCCAGAAAAACGUCAACUAUUUCGGAAAGCGCCACGAUAGACGAUAUAACUGUUAAAUUACGAUAUCCAAGUGCUUCGCAACGAGAAAGGUACGACCUUGAAUUCGGCAAAGAUCGCAUUGACUCUGUACAAGAGAUUAUCGAUAUCGCAAAGACCGUUGCAGACUUUUACCUUACGGACGAACAGGCAAAACCAUUUCUCGAACCCAACUCAGGUUAUAUUCGACAACUCGAAAAGGCGAGAAACAAUCUAGCGAACAACAAGAAACGAGGAGAGAUUACUCCGCGACCUGUAUUGCUAAACGAUUUCAAAGCUGCUGUCGAUCAAUAUAAUGCGGCUCUGCAGAAACUCAGACUGGAUAAAGUAUUAGAACAGAACUUGGAUGACAAACACCACCUGCCCUUCAAUAUGGUGAAACUCAUAUUAAAUCAAGUAUACGAGCGAGCGGUAUCACCCAAGGUCGAUUUGCUAAGACAAUAUGAGAAUGGAGGAGAUAAUGUAUACGGAGAGUUGCUGCCCAAACUUGUGAACCAAGUCUUAACCGAAACAAACCUCAAAUCGGACCAGGUCUUUGUUGAUCUUGGAUCCGGUGUCGGUAAUGUGGCCUUACAAGCCGCCCUGGAAUUUGGCUGUGAAAGCUGGGGCUGUGAGAUGAUGGAAAACGCUUGUACGUUGGCGGACGCCCAAAAGAGGGAGUUUUCUGCUCGCUGCCGGCUUUGGGGUAUUGCUACCGGUAAAGUCCACCUCGAAAAAGGAGACUUCCUCGAGAACCAAAGAAUCCAUGCGACCAUGAAGCGGGCUGAUGUCAUCCUCGUCAACAACCAAGCUUUUACUUCCCAACUUAACCAAGCGCUUGUCAACCUCUUCUUAGAUCUCAAAGACGGUUGCAAGAUCAUUUCACUGAAGCCCUUCGUACCAGCAUACCACGUAAUCACCGACCGCAACGACAAUGAUCCAGUCAACAAUCUCAGAGUGACCAAAGAAGGCGAAUACUAUUCGGACUCUGUGAGCUGGACUGGCGAAAGAGGGAUAUACUUCAUCACCGAAAAGGAUGCGACACGCAGACAUCUGGCUAGAGAAUAG